GUAUUCAAUUAUCGAUAUAUAUCGCACUGACUUCAGUGGUCGAAGCAUCAACGUCUUUUUACAUCACUAAUCCGAGUAUCGCGGAAAAAAAAGCAGCCGCAUUUUGUAAACUAAGUCCGAAUUAGAGCCAAUACAAGUCCCGACUUAUUCGUCAAGAGGAUCGGCGGUAGCAAAUAGCAACAGCGACACUUGGUGCAAAAUACGCCGAGGAGAAAGAAGUGAAAAAAGCAUACAUACAUACGCACGUACACACGUCUCGCUCGUAGAGGGAAUAUAUGUAUAUGCAUACGGCUGGGUGUGCGUGUGCUUGUGUGUGCUACAGCAGCUUCUAGGCGUGAAAGAGCGAGGGAUACAUUCUCUUCCCAUACUCUCGACUUUUGGAGCGUCGCGCGAGCGGGCGAGCGAAAGAGAGAGCACGAGACAUGGACGGCGGUUGGAAGUUUUUGGGGAACAAAGGCGUCAAGAACUAAAAUGAUUUGGCACUGCAAGCGCGAUUUAUUUUGGGUACGCAGCCAAAGCCAAGCCAUCCAAAACGGAGUCCAGCUCCCAUCCAGUGUGUCGCCGUUUGUAUUUGUGAGUCUCGACGAAAAGCCGUGGAAAAAGACGGACACACGCACAGUGAAGCAGCAGACAAAGCAUCGUUUUGCGAGUUCGAGCGAGAGGCACAAUAGCGCCUUAGUGAAUAAUUCAUUUAAGACUGUCCUGCAGAAUGGUCGUCGGCUCUAAUCACACGCGGCGCGGUGAAACUGGCAGCAGAUUUACAAACAGCAGCAGCUCUAGCAGCUCAAACGGUGGCCCCACCGCUUCGGCCAGCAGCACCACCAGCGUAACGUCUUCACUAGCCACCAAUUCCACGUCAACAUCGACGGCUGCGGCUCUGUUGUCGUCCAUGUCCCAGAAGAGCCAUGGCCCUCCGCCAUCCGCACCUCCAUCGAACCAGACGAACCAGCAGCAUCAUCAGGUGGCCCACAGCCAGCCACAUGCCACCCAUUACCAACAGACAAACCAGCACCCUAGCCACCAUCACCAGUCCCAUCAGUCUUCGAACGGCAGUGGCGGAGGAUCUGCUGGAUCAGGAUCCGGAUCUGGAUCGGUGGUUAGUGGACUCAAUGGUUGCAACGGCAGCGCCGUCAGUCGCCUAUCGCAAUCCACUGGGAUGUCGCCGCGGGAACUGUCCGAGAACGAUGACCUGGCCACAUCGCUGAUUCUCGAUCCCCAUCUUGGUUUCCAGACCCACAAGAUGAACAUACGCUUUCGGCCCCUUAAGGUGGACACGCAGCAACUAAAGGCGAUCGUGGACGAUUUUAUCCACACGCAGAAUUACGAUAUAGCCAUCCAGCGCAUCUACGAAGGGCCGUGGAUACCGCGCCAUCUCAAGAACAAGAACAAGAUUGCCACCAAGCGGCUCCACGAUCAUAUCGUCCGAUACUUGCGCGUCUUUGACAAGGACAGCGGGUUUGCAAUCGAGGCCUGCUACAGAUACACACUGGAAGAGCAACGUGGCGCCAAGAUUAGCUCGACGAAGCGGUGGUCGAAGAACGACAAGAUCGAAUGCCUGGUGGGUUGCAUCGCCGAGCUGACGGAGGCGGAGGAGGCUGCUCUGCUGCACUCUGGCAAAAAUGACUUCUCAGUAAUGUAUAGUUGUCGCAAGAAUUGCGCCCAAUUGUGGCUGGGACCGGCUGCCUAUAUCAACCACGAUUGUCGCGCCAACUGCAAGUUUUUAGCCACCGGCAGGGACACAGCGUGUGUAAAGGUCCUGCGCGACAUUGAGGUUGGGGAGGAGAUAACCUGCUUCUACGGCGAGGACUUCUUUGGGGAUUCUAAUCGCUAUUGUGAGUGCGAAACGUGCGAACGCCGUGGGACUGGAGCCUUCGCCGGGAAGGAUGAUGGCCUGAUGCUGGGACUCAGUAUGGGACUCGGCUUGGCUAGCAGUGGACCUGGUAAUAAUGGUGGCUAUCGUCUGAGGGAGACUGACAAUCGGAUUAACCGCAUCAAGAGCCGAGCCAACUCCACAAACAGCACCUCAAACAGCAACAGUAAUACAAAUGAUUCCACUGGCCCCAGCGAGACUAGCAGCACAAAUGGAUUGGUGGCUUCUGGCGGAGCAGCUGGAGCAGGAGGAGGCACUGGUGGCGCGAUGCUGUCCAUACCUUCGCAACAAUCAACUGUCGGCAAAGAGGCCACAGCCGCCGUCUCUUUGCUCGAAAAGAAACUUCCGAAUGUUGUUGUUUCACCGCUGACCAUGAAGGAGCUCCGACAAAAGGGAAUGACUAAGUACGAUGCCGAGAUGAUCAUGGCCAACGCAGCUUAUCAGCAGCAGCACCAUCAUCAGCAUCAUUUCCAUCACCACCAUCAUCAUCUUCACCAUCACCACAAUCAUGGCCAGCAUGCAAGUACUGGAGCCGAGGCCACAGCGGCUGUACAGCAAAUGGCAGCCAUGCAGAAACCAGGAGUUGGUGGAACAGGAGCUGCAGGAAAUGCUGGAGCAACAACAGUGAGCAGCGUGGCCGCCGGAGCGGGCUCCGAGGUUAAUGGUGGUCGUUCCACCAGUCUGCGCAAGUCUAUACGAGUUAACAGCACCAGCAGCAGCAUUUCCACCGCCUCCGCGGACGAGGUGAUCGCGCCCGUGGUCGCGGCGAGCAUUCCGCUACCAACCAAGGCACCGGUGGUUCUUAUGCCGCGUUGCAAGCCCGCCCAGAUGGCCAUUGCCGCGCUGCACCAGAGCCAGCAGCGCCAGCUUAGACGUAGCGAACGCCAGAAGGAAAAGCUGACGGACGGUGAGAGCAGCGACACCAGCAGCGAGCAGCAAAAGAAAGAGCAGAAGGAGCAGGAUCACCAACUGCCGCAAAAAAUGUUCAGCCUGGCGGAGGAACCACAACCAGAGAAGCCGGAGGAGAAGCAACAGGAGCAGCAGAAGCGUGUGACGCGAAAUAGUGCGGGAAGAGUAGGAUUGGUAGCAAGAUUAGCCACUGCCCAUAACAAUAACAUUGCAACCACAACAAAUAGCAGCAGCAGCAGCAACAAAGCAACAACGAUUACAAAUUGUAAUAAUCAUAAUAGUAAUAAUAGCAGUAGAAUUAAUCAUAAUUCAAAUCUUAGCGGUAGACUUAGUGUUAAAUCGAGGAAGCCAACACCAAGUGAGGCCUCGUCCAUACCCUCAUCCACAUCAUCAGAAAAUCAGCAGCAGCAGGCAACGCGUCGCAGCUGCAGCCCGACUCCCGCCUACAAGAAGAACCUUUUGGCCAGCUUCGAUCCCGAUCCUCCCUCCACCCAAGGAAUCAAGGAGCAGCUAAAGGACGAAUCAGUUACUUAUUCGCCGGUCAAGCAGAAACGUAGCAGAAGGGCCGCUGCUCUGGCGGCAGCGCAAAGUAUCCACUGCGAAGCGUUGGGCGGAUUCCCUACCGGUUCUACUGGUGGCCACCGCAAGAGGGCCCAGGCCGGAGAACCUGCCAUCUCAUGCUCCUCAACAACCAUUAGCAAUGUUCAGCCCCUACUGAAGACUCCAGAGCGCAGGCUGAAGCUAACGUUGCGCAUGAAACGCUCACCAAUCCUAGACGAAGUAAUUGAGCUCGGAACGAGUCUGAGCAACGGAGCAGCUGGUCGAGGUGCAGCUGGCUCCCAUCGGGAAGGGACAGCAGGAGAGGGGUCAGCUAGAGGUGCGCUAAACCUAACCGCCGGCAGCUCAAAUGGUAUUGAAUACGAGAUACUGCGCAUGGAGGGUAUUUCAGAGCACGGCAACGAUGACGAUGAGGACGAGGAAGAAGAGGAUGAAGAGCCAGCUGCCGAAGAAGAGGAGCCGCCGCCGAAGGAGGAGCUGCAGCUGGUCACCAAGAAGCAGAGAAAGAAACAGCGCAGCCGGAGCAGGAGCAGCCAACGCAGAUCGCCGGCGCCAAGCAGUGUAUAUGGAACACCGCAGAAGAAGCGACUCCGCUUGAUCUUUGGUAACGAAUCCCACACCAUAGACAUUCCACCAGCAGCAGCAGAGGGAUCGGGCAGCGGCUUGGAUGACCUAAACAGCAGUGGAGGCGGUGGCGACGAGUCCUUUAAUGCCUCCUACGCCAGCAGCACCAGUUUGACGGUUAAUACAUCCUCAAGCAGUACCAACUCAUCCGGUGGAGUGGGAGGAGCUACCUCCACCUCUGCAGAGCCAGUGGAUUCUUCCACAGUGGGACCGCCCAUUGCUGCCCAAUCACCCUCAUCGACGACCAGCAGCUCCUUUCAAUCAGCCUGCACAUCGACCACCAACAGCAACAGCUACUUUCCCAAUGGCAAGCAACGAGCUGCUGGCGAGGACUCCUAUGCGAUGCACUACUACCAGCUGGGCAAAUUUACUGGAACCCCAAGUCCGGGACAGGGUCAGGCCAUCGUGAGCAGCAGCAGUGGUUCGUCAGGAGGAGGAGGAUCUGGAGCUGGCUUCCUGAGCAUGCCCAAACACACAUUCGGCACCUGUGCUUUGCUGGCCCCCACCAGUUUCGCCUGCCUGCAGAAUCAGCCGCAGAUUUGCCAGCAGAAGACCAGCAGCGGCGGAGGAGCAGGAGUGGUGCCCACCUCCACUUCAACGGGCGCAGUCACAUCUUACCAUCAUACAAACAAUCAUCACGGCCAGAAAUAACCAACGACUGAUCUCCAAGCAAAUUUACUAAGCACAGUUGCCAUUGCCAUGGGAAGAGGAGGAGCGCGUAGGGGGAAAGUACACGGCGAGGACAUGGUGGAGCACCAGGUGCAGAGAAGCAGGAAUAACAAGGGAUGGAGACUGAGAAUGGCUGCGCUGCUGGCGUCGUUGCCUUUGCUGCUGCUGAUUCCUAGCACCUUAUAGAAACCGUAGGCUUAGAUCUUAGUCCAAGUAGAUGAUCCCUGAUAUACCCGCCAUGGGUUUUCAUAUUCGGGAAGCAAAGCAACAGGCUGACCAAUUUGUUAAUGCGAAUCCGGAUAUAUACCAGAUUGUAACUUGUUUUGUUUUUGCUUUCUUUUCCAUUUCUCUCUUUCUCUUUGUGAUUACUCCCCGUUUCUCCCAACCCUUUUACUUUGUGUCCGCGUUGCAUGUGGCGCGUGUGUGUGUGGUGUGCUUUUAUUUUGCAGGUGGCAGUCUGAAUCGUAGAAGUAGGAAAAGGUCGCAGCAAAGAGCAGCGUGUUGCAAACAC